AUGCUAUUUCUUCCCUCAAUCCACGGGCGAUUUCCCGUGGGCAUAACCACCUUCGUUACGCCAGUUCGUCCUGCUCAAUCCAUAGGCUCUGUCAAGCUCCGGAAUGCCCGUCAUGGUCAACCUGAGAACGCCUUGUAUUUGGAAGAAGUCGCCUUUACUGUGUAUUAUCCAACAGAAAAACCAACCAACUUACAACAGGGCGUUGAUUGGUUCAUUCGACCUAUCAAAGAAUCUUUGAAUGGUUUCGCCUCAUUUUUGGGAAUUUCAACCUGGCUUCUAUGGCCUGUCGUCUAUCUAUUUGGCUCACUGAUUAAGAUACCAGCAUACCCGAACGCUCCCCUUCUCAAUCCCAUGGAGUCUACCACGGAGUCGGAAAAACCAUCAUCAUCAAGUCAAUGGCCUCUCAUCAUUUUUUCUCAUGGUCUGGGUGGAAGCCGUACAGCUUAUAGUCAGCUCUGUUGCCACCUUGCCGCAUCGGGAAGAGUUGUUCUUGCUGUUGAGCAUCGAGACGGGACAGGUACCGCUUGCAUUCCACAGUCUUGGAAAGUGGAUGGAAAACGAACAUCUCGGACAUUGCUUUAUCUCCGUGAAAAUGAUAUACGCUGGGAAGAUGAUGAUACCGUUCAACAGAAACCUUUCGCACUUCGCGUGGAACAACUCGCCUUUCGCCAUCAAGAGUUGUACAUCGCGUACUCCACCUUUCGCCAUUUUGUCCAAAACGACCCUGUGGAAAUUGAUACCAUUGACGGCCCUCCCAUUUCAAUAGAAGGUUGGACCAACGUGAAUAGUGAAGGCAGGCCCUCCAUCAACUGCGACGAAGACGUGAUUCUUGCCGGACACUCUUUUGGUGGGUGUACAAUGCUUUCAAUUCUUUCCACUCCACCUGCGCAGGGCUUUGGUUCAAUACCAGUCAGCAAAGUGGUUAUACUCGAUCCAUGGCUAGAGCCCCUUCCAUCUCCUGGGCCCACUCCUUUUGUCCGACCAGAAGGACCGGGUAUGCCGCCCAUCUCAACCGACGUCGACUAUAUCCAGGAGUCUCUCAAAUCAUCACUGACUGACAAACUUGACUCUCCUCAUCCUCGGAUGCUAGUAAUUAACUCUGAAACAUUUACCCUCUGGAAGGAUCACUUUGCACGCCUGCAAGAAGUAGUUUCAGGAUGGGAGCCACACGGCGGACGAAUACUGACAUUGGUUGGCUCUGUGCACACCUCAUUCUCCGAUUUCCCUGUCAUGCCGAUCAUUAGAAAGAAGUCUGCUAGACCUUUGUUAGAGACGAUAUCAACGCUCUCUCUUGCAUUUUUGGACGACCGCCUUGAGGAAACCCUGGUCUCCGAGGUUUCAACCACAAAUAUGGAAAUAGAGGUCAUUGGGCUUAAAAAGGACGGAAAGCCCAAAAGAAAGCUAAUCGGGAAUGUAGGAGAUGUCAUUGUACUGUAG